AUGGAGACGUAUAUGGAAUAUUUAAAACACCUUGAAACGCACAAGGAACAACGUUUAUAUAACUGCACUUGGCCCACAUGUGGAAAGAAAUUCCUUACCUCAAAGGGACUUCGAGAGCAUUACGAAAAACAUCAAGCUAAACCUCAAUGUGAAAUUUGUGGCAAAUUCUCUUCUUCCACGCGUACACUACAAAAGCACAAGCGGACAUAUCACGCUAUUAGGGAUGUUGAAAAGUAUGAGUGUCCACAUCCCGAUUGUAAUGCGAUCAUGCAAAAUAAAACCGAAUAUGACAAACAUUUCCAAAGGCACAAAAAACCAUUUCGCUAUCAAUGCAAACGUCCCGGUUGUGGAAGAGAAUAUCGCUGUUCAUCGGGACUUUCCAAACACAAGAAAUCCUGUCAAUACAAACAGAGUCCAACGGGAGGAAAUCCGCAGUUGGGACAUACUUUGACAGACACACGAAACCAUCAUUUUGCCGGUCAAAGUUCAGUAGAUCAACAAAAUUGCUCAAAUGAUGUACAUCCUUCAGAAAACUUUAUCAACCUCGACAAGCCCGAUGAUAGCAUCUUCAACGGUCUUAACAUCCUCGACAAUGUUGUUGUUGACAUAGAAGAUAUUGACAUCGACGAUGUUAUUGACAUCCCCGAUAACGUUAACAUCCUCGACGACUUUGAAAUAUUUUGCCACAAAUGA